AGCAGCCAUGGGUCCGAAAGGCGCUCUCCUCACCGCCCUAUGUUUGGUGGUGGGUUUGGGGUGCGCUCAGGUCAGCUCCGAGUUGCAGUAUGGUAGUAUAGAUGACUGGAGAGUGCUGGAUCACUGGGGAACGGUUCUGAAAGUUCGGAGGGAGUUUGACAGGAAGAAUGUGCUCGAGGAGAGUCCCCUGGAUGUGAUCCGUAACGCCACACAAAGACCUGGAGUGCCACGGACCAUGGAGCUGGAGGUCGCCCGUUCGGAGGCGCCAUCCGACUCCACCUCUGUCCAGUACCGCCAGCGAAGGGACGAGGCCAUAGCGCGUGCCAUCGGGCCCUUCAUCACCCCCGUGGCCAACGAGCACGCCAGUCUGGCGUGUCAGGCCAGCAGCUUGUCCUACCUGCGCAACAUCUUCAAGGAGAUCUGGGCGCUGAAGAUGUUUGACGCCACCGGAAAACUGCCUGACGGUGUGCUGCUGGGCAACGUGAACCCAUUCGGAAACUGGGAUGAAUGUUUGAACACGACCGGGUAUUACACCACUCGUCUGGAGCCCGACACUGUGUCGAGGCAAGCCUCAUUCGCCGGUAAAUACUGUCUGGCCAUCAUGUCCAAGGCGGAUGGGAAGACCCACUCACCCCCUGAUCUCAACGUAAAGUCGGCCGCCGUGGACCUGGCGCCCAUCCUACCGGUCCUUCCUUACCAGAACGCCUACGUCGGGAUGUGUAUCCCGUCGACCUGCAGCGGCAGCGAGCUGGCCGCGGGCCUGAACGCCGCCCUCUCCGGGGUCACAGUCUCAGUACCGGACUAUCUGUGCUAUACGCAGGACGAGGAGACCACAUUCACCGCAGGAGACAUUGUCAUGAUUGUUAUCGAUGUUGUGGCAGUACAAGCCGCGAAAAAGCCAGAGUCUUGGUUGGCUACUGUGAAUGAACGCGAGGUUCUUCCGGGAACGCUGCGUCAGGUGUUCUUGGCGUUUUCAGUUUACACAAACGGCAAAAAGCUCCUUGACACGUCGUCUACGAGGGAUACGCUAGGCUGCCUUCACGGUAUCCGCUUCUUCUCAAAUACCUGGGUUAUUCUCGGCCACACGUAUUUCUUUCUCGUACCUUUCAAACACCAGAAUAUCACCAAGCUGUUGUCAUUCUUCGGCAACCUUGGCUUUCUCACGAUCACCGAUGCCACGGUGUCCGUGGACACGUUUUUCCUGUUGAGUGGUCUUCUUGUUAGCUACUCUGUAAUGCGUUCACUUGAUAAAACCAACGGCAAGUUCAACAUAUUGAUGUUCUACGUGCACCGCUACAUCCGUCUGACUCCCGUUAUGAUGAUGGUGAUCGGCUUCGUCUCGACUCUCUACCUCCACCUCGGUACGGGCCCCUUCUGGGGCGUCGCCAGCCAGAGUAACCCUCUGCUCUGCCAGCAGAAGUGGUGGAUGAACAUGCUGUAUGUCAACAACAUCGACGGCCUGGAGGAGCAGUGUCUGGGCCAGACGUGGUAUCUCGCGAACGACAUGCAGAUGUUCCUGUUCUCGCCGCUGGUGCUGCUGCCGCUCUUCCACUGGCCGGUGCUCGGCCAACUGUGGCUCAUCUUCCUAGUCUGUUUCUUCACCGGCAUCAACGCCAUGGUGACAGUCACCGAGAACCUCGGCCCGACCGGCGCGCUACCCGGCACCGACGGCGACUCAAACAUGCGUUACGAGAAGCCGUGGACGCGCUUCGGGCCGUACCUGGUCGGCCUCUACAUGGGCUGGGUGCUACACAAAAUCCGCGGUCGCAAGAUCGUCCUUCCGGCCCCGGUGGUGGCCAUUGGCUGGCUGACGGCCUCGCUCACCGGCUGUCUGAUCGUGUACGGACUGUACGACCAGCCCACCGUGCCGCCGGAGGCCACCAGCGUCAUCUACGCCAUGCUCAGCCGCACGGCCUGGAGCGUGGCCGUGGCCUGGGUGGUGUUCGCCUGCGUCACCGGGCACGGAGGAGUCGUCGACAGCCUGCUCUCGUGGAAGGCGUUCAUUCCGCUGAGCCGACUGACGUACACGUCGUAUCUGGUCUCGAUCGACGUUCAGCUCUACUAUUACUACACCAAUAAGUCUCCACUGUAUCUGGAUCAGCUCACUCUGGUGUAUAUUUUCAUCGGCUCUGUGCCGGUCAUAUUCACAGUCGCAGCUAUCUUCUCCCUAGCGUUCGAGUCACCGAUGAUCUCACUGGAGAAGCUGAUUUUCCCGCAGGCGUCAAAGGGAGCGGCCGCAAAACCGAAGCCGGUCGUGCCCGAGUCAACUGCAAAGCCAGAGCAGGAUGCGUCUAGCUCAGGUUCAAAGCCAGGGCCGGAAAGCGAGGUAGCCGUUCCAAAUGGGUCUGCAACGAAAGGCGCUCAAACCGCUAAAAUGAAUGAAGCAUUUGUGAUGAAUGAAUGA